AGGAAGAGAGGAAGACAAGUCUGAUCGUGAGCGCUGUGAAGUUCACCCAGACGAGCCAAUUCAACAAACCUACACAUCCGACAUCACUCCUUUUCCACUAAAAUACCGCUCCAGGUCCUCUGUAGCCGCUUCUGGUGUCGCGGCGGGGUCGGGACCGGUUUAUUAGCGUCGCUUCCGCCUUUUAGGAAGAGUCUUUUAACACAGAGUUUCCGGAAACACCGCGCAGAGGGCAUCGGAGCCAGGAUGGCCGCGUACAAGCUGGUGCUGAUACGCCAUGGAGAGAGCUGCUGGAACCAGGAGAACCGCUUCUGUGGAUGGUUCGACGCCGACCUGAGUGAGACCGGGGAGCAGGAGGCCAAGAGGGGAGGACAGGCCCUGAAAGAUGCUGGCUAUGAAUUUGAUAUUUGCUACACUUCAGUCCUAAAGAGGGCCAUCCGCACCCUGUGGUUUGUUCUGGACAGCAUCGACCAGAUGUGGCUGCCCGUCCACCGGACCUGGCGCUUAAAUGAGCGCCACUAUGGUGGCCUGACUGGGCUGAACAAGGCUGAAACAGCAGCCAAACAUGGAGAGGCACAGGUCAAGAUCUGGAGGCGUUCUUUUGACAUUCCUCCCCCACCCAUGGAUGAGGGACACGACUUCUAUCAGACCAUUAGCAAGGACCGGCGCUAUGCUGACCUGACGGAGGACCAGCUUCCCAGCUGUGAGAGUCUUAAGGACACCAUUGCCCGGGCGCUUCCUUUCUGGAAUGAAGAGAUCGUUCCACAGAUCAAGGAAGGGAAAAGGGUGCUGAUUGCUGCCCAUGGCAACAGCCUCCGGGGCAUCGUGAAGCACCUCGAAGGUAUGUCAGAGGAAGCCAUCAUGGAGCUGAACCUGCCCACGGGCAUCCCCAUAGUCUACGAGCUGGACAAGAACCUGAAGCCUCUAGGACCCAUGCAGUUCCUGGGAGAUGAGGAGACGGUCAAGAAGGCCAUGGAAGCUGUGGCUGCUCAGGGCAAAGUCAAGAAAUAGACUCCUGUGGGACCAAGAGUACGAAUCAAUCAUGUCCUGUUCUUUUCUCAACUUAAAAAAAAAAAAAAAGGUCAUUUACUGUUUGUGUAAUCACAGACAUGCGCACAUAGAGGCACGCAGGGUGCACUUUAUUUGAAUGAAUUAUACCCAGCUUUCACACAAACAUACAAUCCGACUGGUCUUUAGUUUGUGUCAUACGGAAUCAUGCAUUUCAUUAUUAUACUAUGGAUUUCAGCUGUAAUAUGGUUUAAGCACUGGCCAAAAUGUAAAUUAGGGACCAGCGAACAGGAGCAAACAUAGAUCACAGAUGCAGACUUCCCAAGUAUUCCUCCCUGUUUACAAUCCAUGUAGGUGAAACUCAGUGGGAACAGUAUAUCCUAUAAAGAAAACACUGGCUGUUGUCAAAAGGGCAUGUUUAUUUGCUCUGCACUGCUAAAUAUUGUUUGCUGUGGCAUUGUUUGAAAAAGAAUAAAUGUUGUGAGCCAUUA